GAUUUUGUGUUUUAUAUAUUGUAUAUUUUAUAUAUGCAUAUUGUGUUUUAAAAUGAAGGAAAGGAGAACAUUUGAUAUUUGUUUUAUAAUUUGAACCAUACCUGGGGAUUUCUUGAUUUUAAAUUUAACUAUAAACAUUAUUACUAAUCCAUGUCAAAAAUCACCCAUACACAUAAAUGUGAUUCAAAUUCAGUCAGUUGUUGAAUUCAUUUUAAGACAUGCAGUAUAAAGUACAUGCACUGGUAUUUGGCAAUACUCAUUCUGUAUUUACAAGGUAUUUUAUUAACAUCCAUCUUGCAGUAACACAGCACUGACUGGCUGUGGCUCUGGGUUCUGGGCAGCACACACACAGAGUGUAAUGUGAUGUAGAACCACAAGUAUAAUAUUUCACACCUUUUUACUGAACCUUUAAACAUCGAGUAAGGCGAACGAUAAAAACUUUUGAGAUUGUGAAACCUUAAAGAUUUGGUUAGUGUACUAGCCUUGCAGCAAGAUGAUUACUGGUUUGUCAGUUCAAUUCAUGGACCGUUUGAAUUUCUUUCGACUUUUUGAGUUUACAUGUUCUAUCAGUCCAGGUUGGACACUACCAGCAUUAGAAGACGAAUCAUUGUCUCAGUGUCCUAGUGCUGGUUAGAAAUUGUUCAAAAAAUAAAUUAAGAUCUAGAUUAGUGUUCAUGGUUAGGGUGUGCUCCGUAUUGCAGUGUUAAUGUUUAUUAUAUUUUGUAAUGCUGUUUAAAUCUGAACCUGAGCUCCAGUUUAUAGAAACUGAUAAAACCUGUGUUUUCCUGUAAACUCGUGGGCCUCAUUAUUCACUUCCUUUUUAAAACCAUCAACAUGUGCAUGUAUUGCAGAUAGCACGCACUGACACAGGAUGUGAACUCAUUUUUGCCAUUUGGUUGUUCUUUUUACAAAAAUGUGAUGAAGAUGGCUGCUGUCUCUGAAAUAACUUUGCUUUUGUUGGGCUGUUCCAUCCUCUUCUUCACAGGUGUUCAGAGCAGCUGUAAUGCGUACGCUGCCAAAGGGGAGACCUACGUAGUGGUGCUCGGACAUCAGCUGCAGAAAUCUGAUAUACUAAAAUGGAAACAUAGAAAUAAAGUCAUUGUGGAACGAAAAAGCAAUUUCAAGUUUUCGCUUGGAAGCGAAGAUGAUAUCUAUCAAAAUGGUUCUCUGAAGCUGAGGAAUGUCAACGCAAACCACUCAGGGAAUUAUGAGCCUGUGGUUUUCACAGAACAUGGGGUUCGUAUACCAAACCUGAAGAGCGUAGAUUUAUGCGUACUUGACCCGGUCCCUGAACCUGAAGUGACACAUGAUUGCAUGUCAAUCAAACAAGUGUCAAAAGUCAAGUUUACCUGCACUGUUGCUCAGAAGAAUGACAUCAAAUUUGAGUGGCUUCAGAACAACAAGUUGCUCCACCAAGGUCCCACCCUGACACUUGACAUCAAGGACACGGGGUCACUCAGCUGCCGAGUUUUCAACAACGCCAGUGCGAAGUUUAGUAAACCUGUGACUCACUCCUGCCACCAGUCCAUCAUCCCUGAAACAGUAUUUGGAAUAAGUAUCUGGAUUUUUGUAGGUACUGGUGCAGGUGUGGUUGUGUUGCUUAUGUUUGUUGUGAUUAUCUGCUGUGUCCAAGUCAGACGGAGAAAAAGGAAAUUGCAAAUCCUCGAAGAGGAGGAUCUCCGUUUGCGGUCGACCAAUUGCGAUAAGCAACAACAACAAGGGCACGUUCAUCACCACACUAAUAAUCCCAAUCGCCCACAUAAUCAUCACCUCCAUCACAAUCAAAGGCAGCCUUAUCAUCAGCCCACAGGCCGCCCUGCUCCUCGACAGCCACACCCCAAACAACGGCCCUCCAGAGCCCCUGACCCACCCUACGCUGGACCACAGUCAAGCCCUCGAAGAUCUGCGCAGGCUAACACACCAGCAAAUACAGGAUCUGACCAGCUGCACCCCCCCUUACCUCAACCCAGAAGAAAAUCACCCAGAACACCAAGGGUUCGAGAGUUGUGAUACCUUUGACAUUCUAUUGCCCCACCUCCUACCCCUACCCUUGCACCCAGGCUUCUAUUAAGUUAAGUUGGCGUCAUGGUUAUAAUGUUAUACAGUGUUUUAGAGCAUAAACACUUUAGAAAAUAGUUUAAUUGUAUUGGUCAUCAUAAUAGGAAGUAGUUUAAUUUUACUUUUUUAUAAUUAUGUGGACUUUUUUUGCGACCAAUUUGUAAUUACCAAAACUCACCAAUUUCCCUCAAAUUACUUCAGAAAGGACUGUCUUUUACUUUUUAUAACUACGCUAACAGCUUUUUCAUGCUUCACACUGUUACAGCAUUUAAAAAUUCGAUAUGGAUAAAAAUUAGGAGCAAAUAAAAAAAUAAUUUUAUUUAUUGACCAUUCUGGGGUGCUUUUUUUUUUUAAUGUAGAUUGGCCUUUAUAAUUAAACUUAAGGUUGACUUUCAUUAAAGGUAUGGUGAAGUGAACUUGGUAAUAAAUAUGGUUGUUUAAACUGUGACCAAAAAAUGGUAAAAAAAAAAAAAGAAACUGGAUUAAGUUGACUGUCAGGACUGUUCCUGAGGUUUAUUGUUCUGUUGUACGUGUUUUGGACUGUAUGGUUAGUACUGUGUGUAUAGUACAGUAUCUUAUUACCCUAAUGUAAUUAAUUAAAUUGUUUUUUAUUUGUUAUAUAUAUAACAAAAAGCUUAAUUAAAACAAAGCAAAUGACUUUUUAACCUUGCAUAUUUUAUGUUACUGGGGAUGAGAUGCUUUGUCUUUUCUUUUCUUUUCUUUUUUUUGAACUUGUCUGUGACUUUGAUACAGAAUAGCCGUUAUUGUAUGUUUCGUAAUUUUACAAAUAAAUAUAAACAAAAAUAAA